UGAUUAUAAUUUUAAUUCAAAAAAAUAAUAAGCUAUAUUAUUAAGAAUUUCAAGAAUAUAGGACAAUUAUUUGAAAAUAAUUGAUUUAGAAUUAUUUAAACAUUUCAAAUUAUUAAAUGUAGAAUUUUAAAUAUUCCUUUUAAGAUGGAUAAGAUGUGUAUAUACAAGAGAAUAUUCUAUAUAAAAUGCAAUGUUUUUAUGGGAUAAUAUUUUUUUAGAAA